CCCAGCCGCCGCCGCCGACGUCUCCUCCUCCUCCUCCCCUCCCUCCCCCCGCCAUGGCUGCCUAGAAGACCCAGCCGCCCGCCUGCUUUCCUGCUUCCCAACUAUGACAGGGGUGUUUGACAGAAGAGUCCCAGCCAUCCGAUCCAGCGAUUUCCAGGGCCCUUUCCAGACGGCUGCAGCCACCAUGCACGGGCACCCGCCUCAGGAGUCGCCAACUUUGCCCGAGUCCUCGGCGACGGAUCCUGACUAUUACAACUCCCCAGGAGGAGCCCCGCACGGCUACUGCUCGCCUUCUUCGGCUUCCUACGGCAAAGCGCUCCAUCCUUACCAGUACCAGUACCAGGGCAUGAACGGAACCGCCGCCAGCUACCCCGCCAAAGCCUAUGCAGACUACAGCUACGCCAGCCCUUAUCACCAGUACGGCGGGGCUUACAACAGGGCACAGAGCGCAGCUAGCCAGCCAGAAAAAGAGGUAGCUGAGCCGGAGGUGAGGAUGGUGAACGGCAAACCAAAGAAAGUUCGCAAACCAAGGACUAUUUACUCCAGUUUUCAGCUGGCGGCCUUGCAGAGGAGGUUCCAGAAAACCCAGUAUUUAGCCCUGCCCGAAAGAGCCGAGCUGGCCGCUUCGUUAGGCCUGACACAGACACAGGUGAAAAUCUGGUUUCAGAAUAAAAGAUCCAAGAUCAAGAAGAUCAUGAAGAAUGGCGAGAUGCCUCCGGAACACAGUCCCAGCGCCAGCGACCCCAUGGCUUGUAACUCUCCCCAGUCUCCCGCGGUGUGGGAACCGCAGGGCGCCGCCAGGUCUCUCAGCCACCAUCCUCAUGCUCAUGGGGCAAACUCCAACCCCUCGCCUGCCUCCACCUACCUGGAGAACACCUCUUCUUGGUAUCCCAGUGGUAACGCUCUCAAUGGCCACCUGCAGCCCCACACUUCUCUACAGCACCCCUUGGCUUUGGCUUCUGGGACAAUCUACUAGAAUAGGAUUCCUUUUUAGACCCUCCGUUCCUCGCUUUAAACCCUUUACUUUUUUUCCUUUCUUUCUUUUGGACAUUUGUCAUUUUGUUGAUAAAGGGAAAAAUGCAUACAGGGGACUGUUUUUUAAAGGAAAGGGAACUCUGCAGGAUGAAAUGUGUAAAGCUUUUGCAUGUAACUUAUUGCAUUUCAAAGGAAAUUUCUCAACCUCUUUUGUUUUGGGGUUGUUGCUUUUUUUAAAAAAAAGACAGAUGGACUUCUGGGUUGUUGUUUUUUGGGGGGGUGGGAUUGUGAUUUAUUUCAUUUUUUUCAUCAAUUGUGGACACUUUCAAUGGUGCCUUGAAAUCUGAUGACCUCAACCUUUUUCCAGUGACUUUUUCCUCCCCGAUAUCAUUUUAACCCUGUACAUAAGUGUAGAUAGAAGGAAUUAAACUGUAUAUUCUGAAUAAAUAAAAUUAUUUCCACCAUGAGAACAGGAAAAGAAAA